UUUGGUACUGUUUCAUUAGCGGUUUCAUUUAAUUAAUCUGUGUCCCCAUUGGAAAUAUAGCAGCGAUGCUGAAGAACUGUGUUAAUAUUUGCUAGCCAGCGUAGAGCCGACAGUCUUCGGUCUAGACGCGGUUAUGGAGAGUCAGAUCCCGUCUUAGCUUCUAUAUUACACAACUUGCAAACACAUAGCUUUUAUUUCUAAUCUGGAUGGUAUACAUUAAGAGGAUGUAAAGUGGUUUCAAAGGUUGUGUUUCGUCGGUAUCGUCGACUGGAGAUGGGAGUGUAAAAUAUACACGCUUCAAGAUGACGUAACGCAAACCAAUAAACUGUACUCAUAACACAUAUAUCGGAAUCAUCCGGACUUCUUACUGACGAAUCUUGAACAGACUGGACUUCCGAGCGUAUGUGACAAAUGACAUGACUGGAUACCAAGCUUCAAUGUACACAAGAGGACUAACUAUCACACGACCUGGUCAACAAAACAUCACUUCAACAACAGAGAAACGAUGACAGUUCAUCUAAUUUCAUCUAAAGGAAAACAAGGAUCCAUGUCUCGACAUCGUGUGUACUGAAGAGGAAUAUUGUGUUAUUAUCAUUGUGUGUUACGGUCAUUUCCAGUGUUUAUGGAUUGAAAAGUGGUCAAUCAUUAUUUCUUUAGAAAAGUAUCAAGUGUAGUACAAAAUGAAUGAAUAACUACAUAUAUACCGGAUUUAUUUAACGGUUUGACCAUUCUAAUACCUGUAACCUCUACUGGCUAUUUAUUCUAACACACCUGCAGAGGAGGGCAUUAGUGUUCUGUUUGUCGCGUAUGUUCUCCCCCUCAUUCAUCAAUUUACAGGAGUAUAUAUAUAUAUGUAUAUAUUGAAAUAAGCUGAUGUUGUGUGAAGACGAUCUGUGAAAUGUAGGGAGUACCAGUGUCAACACCCUUUUUAUAUUCUCUAUGGAUUCAACGUGGAUUAUUUUUCGGUUGCUGCGACAAAUAUGAGCGAAUCCACGUGGAGGCUACUGUCCACAGUGGUUCUCGUACUGUUCGUCCUUUUAAUCACAGUGUCCGGGUAUUCGUCAAAGCGCCGGGUCCUUGUCCCAAACUUUUUACCCACAACAACGAAUGUGACCGUCCAUAUGGGAGAAUUAGCAGUUCUUGAGUGCAAGAUCCGGAAUCUCGGACCAAAACAGGUUUCCUGGCGGAAAGUAUCCCUCGAUUAUCCUCUAACUGUCGGCACGCUGUUGUUCGACCCUCAGGAAGAACUCAGUGUUGAUCACAAGAAUCUGAGAGGGAUGGUCACUCAGUAUAACCUUAUCAUAAAAAGGGCGCAGCCCCGGCACUCGGGGAAGUACGAGUGUCAGAUUAGUGCCACCAACAUUCAUACUCACCAUGUAUACCUUACUGUGUUAGAUUCACCUUUACAAGUAGAACCAGCAAUAAAUAUCCGAGGAACAGAAUAUGUUAGUCGGUAUGAAGAAAUUAGAUUAGACUGCAACGCUACAGGUGCAGUGAGAGCACCAGAUGACAUCGAUUGGUUCCAUAAUGGUCACAUGAUAGUAAAAGACGAUCAAAGAUGGCGGGGCCGAAUAAAAGUUGUAAAAUACAAACCCGAAGUGCCUGGAAGGUCCCUUAUUAGCCAUUUAAUUAUUGAAUAUAGCUUAUUGAGUGAUGGUGGGCGAUAUGUCUGUCGGAGUUCGGAUUUGGAGACCGUCAGCAUGGACGUUAAUGUCCUUAACAGGGAAGAAAUGAAAAUGAAGUUAUUGCGCGAUGCAGGAAAAAAUCGGAGAGAUCCGAACAGAAAAGCACCGGUCAAAGAUCCAACUAAAAGAGAAGAGGACACAGUUUCAAGAAGCACUAGUAGAUUGGAUCGGACAAACGGGUCUUCAGCGAGUUCAAGGACUCUCUACAGUACAUCGUCUUUGGUUAUACUGUUGACUGUUUGGUGCCUAGCAACGAGGUGACAAAUAGUGUGUAUUCGUUAACUAAUAUUGAUAUGUAAAAAAAACACCAUACGUCACAUUAUUGAACUACAAAAUACCUCAAAAGGUACUAUCGACAGCAGAGCUAUAUCGUCAUGUACUGCAGAUGACGCGUUCGAUGCCAAUUCAAAAUGGAAAUUUAAAUUCCAUCCGUCUCAAAGCAUCGUGUGAAAGAUGGAUGUCUUCAGCCAUCCGGAGUCCCUGCGAUGAAUACGAUCUAUUCUGGUGUGUUCCGAAGGAUUUGCGUCGUUGAGUCGAUGAUAUAUCUUGGUUGUGUUUGACAAUUGCUGAAGUAUCAAUAGUGUUUAUGCGUGAAAUCUUUGUCAUUACAUUAAGAAUGCGCUGAUAGUUUAGACAGUUACCUUUGAUGUAUCAAGGUUAAUUCAAGCUAGACAAACCCGUGCUAAGCUAAACACAGAAAAUAACAUUACGUCUAUCAUACACUCAGAAGAACUGACGUGUUCGAAUGGAUAAUAUAGGUUAAAUUUAACAUGCAACGAUGUCACGUUUGGAAAUCAUCUCAUUGUUUAUACGAAUACGGGAAAAUUCAUCAUAUUCAAGUGUUAUUCAACACCGCAUCAGAAUAUCCAUCAUUUCACAUUCAUCCCAACAUUCAAAAGUGAUGAGUUUGUCUUGUGAAUAUUUGAAAACAGUAAUGACAAUAUAUGGGUAUUUUAUAUGUAGUUUCAAUAAAACAGAACGAGGUUUGUUGUGAAUGUCGUCAACAGAAAGCAGAUGAUAUGUUCUUAAAGGACGUUGGUCCAAUAGUAAUUUCGAGCACGAUUUAUAGACAGAUAAUAACGAUCUGACGUUAUGUGGUCAUGGUAUUUGUAAUAACAUGUUUCAUUUCAUAAACGUUUACGUUGUUGAUUGCUAAGGAUGGUAUCUAAAAACGCAGACAACUGUUCAGGAAAGUAAACCUCAUGUGACUGUACGAAGAGUGUUUUGGACUGCAAAACACAUUAUUAUGCAACCACAUACAAGCAUGUACAUAGUUGCAGUGCUGUCGAAGAUAUUUUGUACAUAUAUUUGUUACCAUAGAUAUGUUAGAUGUUACUCUGAGUCGAAUGUCAUAUGUGACGCAUUAUCACAUGUGUACACUGUCGUGGUAAACAUAACCCACGAUCCUUAACUAAUUAAUAUUGUACAUGAUAUGACUCUGUGGCUAUCACUCUGCCUGCCAGUGAGGUAUUCUUUAUAAUUAAUGCUUGUAUGAGAGCAGUCUUUGAAACAUAUCGUGUAAAUAUUCGAAAUAAGAAUGUCUUGCUUCAAUACUGUGAAUGGCUGUAGAGAGCGUGUGAUUGAAAUACGGUUACUUUAUAAAAAAAUUAAUAUAUAUAUAUAUAUGUAUAUGGUAUAUAUAUAUUUAAUAUUAACUAUUUAAACCAUGUGAAUAAGAACUGAAAAGAUUUACACCUUUUAGGAGACUUGUCGCUCCUUGUAUAUUGUGUGUCAGCAGCUGUCACUACAGAACACGUGGUGUUAAUUAUGUAACUUUUGAUACAAAAGAGCUCUGUUAUGCCUAUCCAACAGCUUAACAUUUGACGAGUAUAUAAUAUAUAGCAUAACAAAUAUUCUGGCAUUUCGCCGCGACAUAUUACAGUGUCUGGUCUCUUAGAAGGUUACAAUACACUAUAGGUAUUGAUACUAUAUCUUGAUCGUGGUGUUUAUUACUCAUGUCAAUAAACAAACAAUUGACAUCAGACCUAUUUAAGCAAGAAACAUAUUGAGUUCGAUACCGUGUUCUAAAGAAUAAGAAAGAUGAAUAAUGUAGAAACCGACAUGACGUACAAACAUUAUCAUGACAUUAUUGAUAGAUAGAUUAUAAAAGUGAUUCUCUGCGUAAGAUAAAGAAUUCACUGUUAAACAAUAAGAUGUACAAAAUGUGAAUAAUGAUUUGAACUAAUGACGGUUAGUGCAAUACAAUUCAUUAAUAAGCAUGAAUUUUAUAUUCAUGGCAUACCCGAAACAUGUCUCACAUGUAGUCUGUGAAUUUUACAAGAUUAAGUAUUUUCUACAUUGAUACAAUAUUGAAAAUAACAAAGCAGGAAAAAUAUCAAUAUUUCUUUUAGAGAGCAUUUUUCUUGUUUGAAAAAAGUCGAUGUGAGCUGAACCGCUUCCCCUUAGUUCCUGUUAUAUAGAUAUGGUUUGAAAUAUACAGUGUUCGCCAUAAAUGGAAUAGUGACAUUGCUUUCAUUUUUAUUUCGAGAUGAUUUUAAAAAAAUGAUCAUUAAGGAUAAUAUAACUCUGUCUUCAAACUCUCAGGUAUUUCAAUUUAUUAUUAUUUUAAAAAGUAUCGUCACUUUUCUUUGUUUAAGAAUGUUGUUAAACAAGGGUUCAAAAUACAUUAUUUCAUAGCAAAAUGACAAGAGAAUGAAGCUGAGUAAUCUUUAUUGCUAAAAAUAAAAAGACAGCUAAGUUACAAUUGUUCAUUUUAAUAACAUUAGGUACUAUCAUAAUGACUUUUUUUUCUAGUGGUGUCAGAUUUAUAGCUUGAACCUUAAUAAGCCUCAUUCUGUGUUCAAAAUAUGUCAACUGUCCUAUCAUGUCAUGAAACGUAAAACUAAUUGUGUACAAUACGUUUGAAAAAAAGAAGUAAUAUUUAGGAAUACGUCAUUUUCAAUUUAGACAAAAUACCACAAAUAUAAGAAAACCAAGGAUUUUUUUUUUUUUUUUUUUUUUGACAUAAAGCAAACAUUUGCAUGUGUUCAUGUCAUAGCUGGGUACCUGCACAAUCACGUUUCGAUACCCCAACAUUUCCGGGUACACAGACAUGUGAAUAGAUUUACAUGUACCAUUGUGUGUUAGAAUGUUCAUUCCAUUUCUUCAUAAUUUGCAAUAAAACGGGUCUGUCCCAUUUAAUUUAUUCUUGUUAAUUUUAUCAUUUGUAGUAAUUGUUGGUAUGUUUUAAUGAUAGUUUAAUAUUGUUUCUGUGUCUGAAUUAUAACAUUGCUGUAAAACACUAUUGAUAAAAGACAUGUUAUCAACGCUUAUAUGCAUAAAUCAUAACUUUUAUAUAAAAAAAGAUCCCAUGAAUCAUUUUAGAGAAAAAUGUUUAUUGCUUCUCUUUGUUUGUAAUUACGAAACAGUAUGGCUGUGAGCAUUAUGGAUAUUAUUCUUGUGUGCGUUCGAUUUGAAUAAAAACAUUCGUAUCAAAUAUGAUAGGUUAACUAUUAUAUUCACUUUAAUGAAUUCUGUUGCUUAAACUAAACAUGAAACAUAGAUCACAGCAAAAUUUCGAAACCAAUUACAAAAUUAAACGCAAUGUGUUCUGAAUUUCCUAUCACUCACUUCCAACAAUCUUCUGUAUUACUAGCUACGCUAUAAUUAAUAUUUACGAAUGAAACAAAUCUCGUAUUUCUUUCAGAUAUGGCUAUCGAUCUCUUUGACAAAUAGUCGUAAAGAGAUCUUAUUCGGUUGCCUUCAUGCUGUGCUCGCAUCAAGGUUUCUAAUAAAUCUCUAUUUUAUAAUCUAGAAAAUUACAUGAUUCACUUAUAUAGCUACUGGCAAGGUAAAGAAUCCAAUGGUUGCAUAAGAACAAUUAGGGUAUCAUCCAUCAACAAUGAUGUGUGCUACCAGUUUAUAUGAUCUUUAGUAUGGGGUUCACUAAAACUAGUUAGCAAGAAUAUAACUUAAUUGCACGUUUGCUGCACAACUCGUCCACGUAAAUUUCAAUUUUCACAAAAUACAACUACAAUUACAGUCAUGAACAAUGACAAUGCGUUACAAUUGAUAUACCGAACUUUGAAAAACUUGGCCUUGAUUUUAUCUUUAUUCCCUAUAUUAAGAAUAAAAUCAGCAGACUUUUAUUUUCAGAGUUCACAUUUUUUUCUAUGAAAAUCUUUGUUAGAAAACCGAGAAAAUAGUGAUUCUGGCUUCAUUUAAUAUUGACUGGAAAUGAAAGGAAAAAUAAUGACAUAGAAGAUAUUUAUUUAUAUAACCUAAAAUAAUUUGAAAAGUCAGAUAUCGUGAAUCACUAGAAUUCUGUAAAAUCUGCUGUCUGGUGCAAUUAUUCAAAAGACAAAAAUGCAACAUAGCUGGAUUGAUAUGUCGAUAUAAGAAUUCGAUAUUGAUUUUGCACGAUUUACGAUGUUAUAUCAGUACCACGAUUAUUAAUUUCUUGCAAAAAAUAAAUAGCUAACACUAUGAUUACCAGGAAAACAUACAUUUGAUAUUAUUGCCACCCCAAAAAAGGAGCAUCUUUAUGAUAUCCCGCACCAUGACUUGAAUUCCCGCGAAUUCAAAUUAUUUUAUGUUUACCAUAACCGAGAAAAUAAAUUGAUGUGAAAAAUAGUUUAUUUACAGUAUAUAUAUUAUACAUGUAUGGUAAGAAAUUGAAUUUGCUUGUCAUAAUUGCUUUCAUUAUUGGUUUCACGUAUAUUAUUGCAUCUGUUUGAUGAAUUAUAUCACCAUUGGUUAUAAAGUGAUCGUAAAUGCUGUUCACACAUGAGUGUUUGAUACUGACAACACCAGUGACGAGUGUGAAAUCUCAGUCCUUUUUCAAGGACGCUAGCAUCACGUGCAGUGUUUUCAGAAAGAUGUUAUUACUGAACUAAUGUUGUAUGUGAAAAGAAUAUUUAUGUAUAAAUAAAUGAGUGAAAACUAUCUUA